AAAAAGAAGACAUUGAAAAAAUAUUCGGAAUUGAUUUUGAUGAGAAAGUUGUGAGAGUGGCUAGAACCUUAAAUUUAAUUGCUGGAGAUGGCAACACUAAUGUAUUGCAUUUGAAUACUCUUGAUUAUGAUAGAUGGAAUGAAAACUCAGAAAAUGCAAAAUGA